GGCCCUUCCGCCGGGCCGGGCGCCCUCUCCCCGGAGCCGCGGGUCCCCGCGGAGAAGCUGACAAGGUGCCCGGCCGCUUGGCGCCUGCGUCCCGCAGCUGCAGGACGGGGACUGAAAGCCCGGGGAGCUGGCCCCCCGCCCGCGCCCGUGGCCUCCCGCCCCCACCUGGACCGCGCCCCGGCCCCCGGCCCCAGCACGAGGUAGCGGGCGCAGAGAAACCCCGGAGGCGGGCGACGCUUGGUGACCUUGGGGCCGAGCCGUCCCGGGCGAGCGCCGGAUCCCAGCGGCGGCGACCCCCUAUCUGCAGGGGUACAAACGCGGCCGCUGGUCAGGUCGGUGUCGCAGACGCACCUUAGGGGCAUCGGGACGCGGUCGCGGGGAACGCGGGGCGCAGGGAGCCCCUUCCAUCGCCCCUGAACCUGGAGCCGUCAUGUGCCUUCGGCAGCGGCGGUGACUACUAGCAAAACCUGCUUCUGAAGGAUGUGGCGUGUGGGGUUUGGUGUCCGUUUUAGAGACCAGGGCCGAUCCUGCUCUUGUUUUCCCACCACUACAGAAGACAUCGUCUUCGCUCAUCCACACGUGGGCCUGCGCCUGGGGACCGCCCCUGUCCCGCUCACCACCGAAUCUGAUCCUACAACGUCACUCAUGGCGCUGUUUCACCUUUGCGGUGGGAGAAGAACUGGUUCUAGCUGAUUUUCCCUACAACCAUUUCUUAGCCCGGCCUGAGGACAACAGCUGCCUGCAGGCCAGGAGCCUGGGGAAGACGGCUCAUGGAUGGUGAAGGUUACCUCUCAGCGUUGCCAGAGAGAAGAGCCCAACGUUCCAGCUCAGAGAUGAUGCCAGGAAAUGAAGGGGACGCCCACGUUUCGGGUUGCCUGCUGUUGCCUCCCAUCGUGUUGUCUUUGGAAGACAAGUGAUAACACAGGGAAGCAGUUUUAGGAAGAGCAUUUUCACUGCAUCAAGCACACUCGAUGAAGGAUAUGGGAGACACUCUUCAGCUGGUGAGAAAUAUCAUCCCUCCUCUGUCCACCAAGAAGCACAAGGGCCAGGACGGAAGAAUAGGCAUCGUUGGAGGCUGCCAAGAGUACACUGGAGCCCCUUAUUUUGCAGCAAUCUCAGCUCUCAGAGUGGGUGCGGAUUUAUCCCAUGUGUUCUGUACCCGCGAGGCUGCACCCGUGAUCAAGUCGUACAGCCCGGAGCUGAUCGUUCACCCAGUCCUGGACAGCCCUGACGCCGUUCAUGACGUGGAGAAGUGGUUGCCCCGCCUGCAUGCGCUGGUCGUGGGACCUGGCCUAGGUAGAGACGGCGCUCUUCUUGAUAACGUCAAGGGCAUUUUAGAAGCAUCAAAGGCCAGGGACAUCCCCAUUGUCAUCGACGCAGAUGGGCUGUGGCUGAUUGCUCAGCAGCCGGCACUCAUCCAAGGUUACCAGAAGGCCAUUCUCACUCCCAACCACGCCGAGUUCAGCAGACUCUCUGACGCAGUGCUGGGAGAUGCCAUGGACAGCAGCAGCGAUCACCCCCGAGCUGAGCUGAGCCUCAGCCAGGCCCUGGGCAAUGUGACCGUGGUACACAAGGGGGAACGGGACGUGAUCUCCGAUGGCAAACAGGUGCUCGAGUGCGGCCGCGGAGGCAGUAGCCGCAGGUGUGGUGGGCAAGGAGACCUCCUGUCAGGCUCCCUGGGCGUCCUGGCGCACUGGGCCCUCCGUGCUGGACCACAGAAGACAAACGGAGGUAACAGUCCCUGUGCAGAGAGUGUGAAUGACACAAGGAGGGUCCAGGCCUGGCUCCCUUCCGGAUGCAAGCGCUGCCACCAAUCAUCUUGGGAGCAUGACCGGGUUGGACCGUGUCUGCACCCUCCUCCUCCAAGGUGCCCUCCAUACAUGACUGCACCUGCCACCUUCGCAGACAUGUGCUUCCGGCCUCACGGGCGAUCGCCUGCCCCCUCACCCAUCAGGAACGCUCGCCCUAGCGCUCUCCGACUACUCACCCCGCCUCUGCUGGGCCACACACAGCUGCCUACCCUUCCCUUCACAUGGUGCAGGUGGUGGCGGCUGGUUCUUCUGGCACCAGCUCUGGUCCUGACGCUGCCCAUGGCCAUCACCUCUUGGCACACGGAAGACACCAGAGAGCCCUGGGAUUUCCGGAGCUGUGCACCGGGGAGUCGGGGACAAAGACCAGGGAUGUAUUUGUCAUCGCCCACAGCCCUGAGCUCACUGAGUCCAGUCUCUGCAUCCCUGUUGGUCAGCAUGUCGUUAGGCACCUCCAGCGUGCCCCCACUCACGGCAGGGCUGACCCCUCCCAGGGGCCUGUCUCUACUGUGUCCCCCACCCCAAGUGAACUGUUUCCACUGGAUCAAGCUGACCCCUUCCAGCAUGUCCUGUGAACCCGUGAACAAAUGCCCAGUCCUCAAUACAACCUCUCAACUUCCCCGGCCGGCACCCCUCCCCUGGCAGGCACCCCUUCCCCGGCCACCUGCCAAGUGUUCCUUAACAUCAGAAUCACCAGCUACCACGAGAACAUGCCCCUCAGGGGCCUCUCUUGUCUCCUCUGCCAAGACCCCCCUGGCUCUCCCUUCAUGCAUCAGCCCCUUCCUAAUGCCUGAGAUCCCAUGUGGCCUCACCUCCUCCAAUAAGUCAUUUCGGAAUUCCAGGGAGCCUAGAGGCAUCUGCGACCUUGGCUUACAAAUAAACCAUGUUCCAUACAGAGCAUCUGUCUGUGGGUCCUUCUGCCUCACCAGACACACACUGUGCAAGGUGGGAAGUGACGUCCUUGGCUGGGCUGCCACGAAGCCAGGCGAGGAAGGGCCAGCUGUGGACCGAAGUCGAGCCUACUGUGAGGGAGCAAGGCACCCAGACUGAGCGCCCAACGCGAUG